CAGCGAGAGAGAGCAGCGAGAGAGACAGAGAGGGAGUGUGUGUGUGUGUUAGUGUGUGUGUGUUUGAGAGAGAGCGAAAGAGAGACAGAAGGGGGUGGGCAGGCAAAACAAGCCACAUGCAUAAGGAGGGAGCCAGAGGCACAGAGACAGAGAGGGAGAGUGUGUGAGUGUGUGCAUCAUGUAUGUGUGAAAACACUGCGCAUGUGUGACUGUGAGGCGCACUGAGCGGAGCAGACGGAGACGGAGAAAGAGGAGUAAUGAACGGCAGCUGAGGCAGGAGGAGAGAUAACAGCACAGGAGAGGGAAAGAAGGAGACAAGAGGUUCACCUGGAGAACAGAAGAGAAACACAGGAAGAGAAGAGGAGGACGUACAUGCAGAGAGACAGCGCAGAAGCUUCACUGCACAGAAUAAGCUGAAUAAUUUGAGAGGUUUAGGAAGAGGGAUGGAGAAGGAGAGACCAGAGGGAGACGCUCAGCCACAGCUCGGAGGAGAAGGGGUAGGAGAGUGAAGGACAAAAGGUACCAGAGAGGAGAGGAGAAGAGGAACGAGGGAUGCGGAGCUCGACGAAAGCAGCCCGAGACAUGACGCAUCCACCUUGCAACAGCUUCCUCCAUCUUACACCUCCUCCCUCCACUGCUGCUCGCUGCUCAUCCUGCUAGAAUCGAAUGGGCAGGAGAGAGCAUCCUCCCCCCGAACAAAGAGACCGAGCGGUUUAUCUUCAGAGAGCAGUAUCAGCAACAUCGACGGCAACGGCUGGAACGGGAGGCGAGAAAGGACUGGAACAAGACAAGUGCGCAGUCACACAGGUAGAUGGACCAAAGGAAUCCUGAGGGCACGUUAUGAGUCCGAGACACUGAAAUAAGGGAGACAAGCACAGAGGCAUCUUUCAGACUGUUAUCACUUCUGCUCAGUUGGGAGGACUAAUCUGAAAAUAAAAAAAACCCCUCCACUCCCACCUCUGAGGAAUUCAGGAGCCUUGGAGCUUGAAGGAGUCAUUCCAACAGCUUUCUGGAGCAUUAUAGGAAACCUCCCCAAAAAAAGAGCUCCUCCCUGUUUCUUAUCAACAAUCCACUGAGAGGGUCAAACAGGGUCGCCUGGCCAAACUGGACCAAGAGCAGAGAGAAAGACUGGAGCUUGCUCUUUCUCUCUCACGCACUCGAGUCGAUGUGUAACACACCCGCAGCCAAAAACAGGAAGUAAAGCGGGCGUCUAAGUGAGAACCACGUGUGAAGGCUAGUUUGAGAAGGCAAUGGGUUUUCUUGGCAGGCCACAGGAUAUAGUUUAAGACAAUACCUCUUGGACUUCUCUGAACUGCCUGAACUUAAUUCCCCCCUCUACGCUGUGAAUGCAGAAACCUACCAACCUGUACUGUAUGUGUAAAUGUGAGCAUCUGUGUGCAUAUGAGAUUAUUUAUUAGUGUCAUCACUGAGUGAGAACAUAUCUUUGUGCUAAACUGUCCUUGUGUGUGAAUAUACAUUUCUGCAAAUAGCCAUCAGAGACAGCACAGGAACAGGAACAUCAGCAUACGUGAGUGAAAACAACAAAAAAAACUACCUUUAAGUAGUCAACACUGGUCGCAUACGGUAAGCUGGACUGUUAAAUCAUCUGUACAUAUCAGCAGUGACAGAAUAAGAGCUUCAGAUUGUGGUGCUCUGGCUGAGCUCCUCUAUCUGUCUGCCCCUCAUAAAGACUCAGGCUGACAGAAACGCCCACCAGGCGGGGGAUCUCUGAGGGAAACAUGGAGGCAACCAUCCGUCCUCAUGUCCCCUCGAAUGGCUGACUUCAGAGAAAGAGCCUAAUCUUUUUCCCCGUGCCCAGAAUCAGGCAGGGGUGUCCAGUGCUGAUUAGAGCCACAGCCCCUCUCUCUUCCGCCUCCAAAAACGUGCGAAUGUCCUGCCUCAGGCGUCAGCCCGUCACCAUCCCCAUGGACACCGUCAAGAUCAUCCAGUCGGAGAAGUUCCCCAGAGAGUGCCCUGUGCCCGUCACCCAGCCGCGCUACGCCCCACCCCCCAGAGUGGCUUGGGAUGGCGGAGGUGAAGGCGAGAUCAUUGUCAACCAGGCCUGCAGUGACCUGACCCUGGACAUCACAGGGUCCCCCCGGCCUAUGGUGUCCCCCUCGGCCCCCGUGAUGCGCAGGGAGCAGAGCUUCCUGGCGCAGCGCAAAACCAGUGCCAACGAAAUCUGCUACCACCAGUUCCACUACAAGAUGGAAGACGUCAUAGUCAACCAGUACGUGCUGCGCUCCUCCUCCACCUCCUCCUCCACUUCCUCCUCCUCCUCCUCGGGACCCGUGAUGCCCUGCGAGCCCCUGGACUGCCCCACCUGCGGCCACACCUACAACUUCGCCGGCAAGCGUCCGCGCAUCCUCUCCUGCCUGCACUCGGUGUGUGAGGAGUGCCUGCAGAUCCUCUACGAGUCCUGUCCCAAGUACAAGUUCAUCUCCUGCCCCACGUGCAGGCGCGAGACAGUGCUGUUCACUGACUAUGGCCUGGCUGCUCUGGCCAUCAACACCAGCAUCCUGAGCCGCUUGCCCUCUGACCCUAAUGGGCCAGUGCAGUGGGGCGGGGACGCCGACCGCAGCUGCUACCAGACUGUGCGCCAAUACUGCCAGUCAGCCUGCACCUGCCAGAUCGCCAACCCCUUGUCCUCCUGUGGCAUCAUGUAGACAAGGGGGGACACUGCAGGCAUGACUCGACGCUGCGCCCCCCCCCCC